UCCGGAAGUGGAUGGAAUGAAGAGGUGCCACUUGGCGGCCAUGGCAGCUGUAGUAUCGGCGACUCCGGGUCAAGGCCCGGUCGAGUGCAGUACCAUGGGCAGCACCGGGUAUAGGGCAGAGACAGCUUUGUGUCAACUUUGCUGCUGAACCCCUAGGACCCAUCGUUAGAGACCUGCAGGACUCCUUUCCUCAUCCCGGGCUCGGAGGAGAGUUUGCUGGGACUGGUGGGCUGGUUUCCUGCUCUGGGGGGCGGAUCACCUUUGGGGCCGCCUCUUGGAGACAGGGGCGCCUAGGGAACGAACAGGUUCGCUUGAGUCACUUACCCGCCGCCGCCUAAGACAUUGUGCCACCCUCAAUCCGACAAUCGAAGAAAUCGAUCAUUUGCACAUUUUCCCCAUUGACUUUUCCCAUCUCUGUUAACCCACGAGAAUCUAAUGACUGGCAUCUGAGAACCCAGAGCUUGGGACCUUAGAUUGCUGUAAGCUUUCUCUGGUGCUAAUAUCAGCAAAAAGGGUCUGUUUCCGAGUACGUUCAAGAGGAAGGUGCCUCGUGAACACAUCUGCUGGUGGGGAGGCCUAAAGAACUGGAAAGCCCACUCUCUUGGAACCACUACACCUGUUUAAAGAACCUAAGCGCCAUUUAAAGCCACUGGAAAUUUGUUGUCUAGUGGUUGUGGGUGAAUAAAGGAGGGCAGAAUGGAUGAUUUCAUCUCCAUUAGCCUGCUGUCUCUGGCUAUGUUGGUGGGAUGUUACGUGGCCGGAAUCAUUCCCUUGGCUGUUAAUUUCUCAGAGGAACGACUGAAGCUGGUGACUGUUUUGGGUGCUGGCCUUCUCUGUGGAACUGCUCUGGCGGUCAUCGUGCCUGAAGGAGUACAUGCCCUUUAUGAAGAUAUUCUUGAGGGAAAACACCACCAAGCGAGUGAAACACAUAAUGUGAUUGCAUCAGACAAAGCAGCAGAAAAAUCAGUUGUCCAUGAACAUGAGCACAGCCACGACCACACACAGCUGCAUGCCUAUAUUGGUGUUUCCCUCGUACUGGGCUUCGUUUUCAUGUUGCUGGUGGACCAGAUUGGUAACUCCCAUGUGCAUUCUGCUGACGAUCCAGAAGCAGCAAGGUCUAGCAAUUCCAAAAUCACCACCACGCUGGGUCUGGUCGUCCAUGCUGCAGCUGAUGGUGUUGCCUUGGGAGCAGCAGCGUCUACUUCACAGACUAGUGUCCAGUUAAUUGUGUUUGUGGCAAUCAUGCUACAUAAGGCACCAGCUGCUUUUGGACUGGUUUCCUUCUUGAUGCAUGCUGGCUUAGAGCGGAAUCGAAUCAGAAAGCACUUGCUGGUCUUUGCACUGGCAGCACCAGUUAUGUCCAUGGUGACAUACUUAGGACUGAGUAAGAGCAGUAAAGAAGCCCUUUCAGAGGUGAACGCCACGGGAGUGGCCAUGCUUUUCUCUGCUGGGACAUUUCUUUAUGUUGCCACAGUACAUGUCCUCCCUGAGGUGGGCGGAAUAGGGCACAGCCACAAGCCCGAUGCCACGGGAGGGAGAGGCCUCAGCCGCCUGGAGGUGGCAGCCCUGGUUCUGGGUUGCCUCAUUCCCCUCAUCCUGUCAGUAGGACACCAGCAUUAAAUGUUCAAGGUCCAGCCUUCGUCCAGGGCCGUUUGCCAUCCAGUGAGAACAGCCGGCGCGUGACAGCUACUCACUUCCUCAGUCUCUUGUCUCGCCUUGCGCAUCUCCACAUGUAUUCCUAGAGUCCAGAGGGGAGGUGAGGUUAAAACCUGAGUAAUGGAAAAGCUUUUAGAGUAGAAACACAUUUACAUUGCAGUUAGCUGUAGACAUCCCAUUGUGUUAUCUUUUAAAAGGCCCUUGACAUUUUGAGUUUUAAUGUUUCUCUUAACCCUAUUCUCAGGGAAGAUGGAAUUUCAUUUUAAGGAAAAGAGGAGAACUUCAUACUCAAAAUGAAAUAGUGAUUAUGAAAAUACAGUGUUCUGUAAUUAAGCUAUGUCUCUUUCUUCUUAGUUUAGACGCUCUACCACUUUAUCCAUUGAUUUUUAACAUGGUUCCCACCAUGUAAGACUGGUGCUUUAGCAUCUAUGCCACAUGCCUUGAUGGAAGGUCAUAGCACCCACUCACUUAGAUGCUAAAGGUGAUUCUAGUUAAUUUGGGAUUAGGGUCAGGAAAAUGACAGCAAGACACAUUGAAAGCUCACUUUAUACUCAAAAGAGAUAUCCAUUGAAAGGGGAUGUCUAGAGGGACUUAAACAGCUCCUUUGGCACGUGCCUCUCUGAAUCCAGCCUGCCAUUCCAUCAAAUGGAGCAGGAGAGGUGGGAGGAGCUUCUAAAGAGGUGACUGGUAUUUUGUAGCAUUCCUUGUCAAGUUCUCCAUUGCGGAAUACCUGUCUCCACAUUCCUAGAGAGGAGCCAAGUUCUAGUAGCUUCAGUUCUAGGCUAUCCUUCAAAAACAGUCAGAUCACAAGUAUCUUUGGAAAUUAAGGGAUAUUAAAUUUUAAGUGAUUUUUGGAUGGUUAUUGAUAUCUUUGUAGUAGCCUUUCGUAAAAGACUACCAAAAUGUAUGGUUGUCCGUUUUUUGUUGUUUUUUUUCUUUUUUUUUUUUUUUUUCUAAGUAUUUCUCUUAGCAGAUCAGCAAUCCCUCUAGGGACCUAAAUACUAGGUCAGCGUAGGGGACACUGUGUCUUCUCACAUAACCACCUGUAGCAAGAUGGAUCAUAAAUGAGAAGUGUUUGCCUAUUGAUUUAAAGCUUAUUGGAAUCAUGUCUCUUGUCUCUUCGUCUUUUCUUUGCUUUUCUCCUAACUUUUCCCUCUAGCCUCUCCUCCCCACAAUUUGCUGCUUACUGCUGGUGUUAAUAUUUGUGUGAGAUGAGUUCUUAUCAGGACAACCACUUCUCGAACUGUGAUAAUGAAGAUAAUAAUAUCUUUAUUCUUUAUCCCCCUUCAAAGAAAUUACCUUUGUGUCAAAUGCCGCUUUGUUGAGCCCUUAAAAUACCACCUCCUCAUGUGUAAAUUGACACAAUCACUAAUAUUCUGGUAAUUUAAACAAUUGAGAUAGGAAAAGUGUUUAACAAACUAGGAUAAUUUUUUUUUCAUAUUUGCCAAAAUUUUUGUAAACCCUGUCUUGUCAAAUAAGUGUAUAAUAUUGUAUUAUUAAUUUAUUUUUACUUUCUAUACCAUUUCAAAACACAUUACACUAAGGGGGAACCAAGACUAGUUUCUUCAGGACAGUGGACGUAGUAGUUUGUAAAAACGUUUUUUAUGACGCAUAAGCCAGCAUGCCUGUGAUUUAUUUCCUUCAUGAAUUUGUCACUGGAUCAGCAGCUGUGGAAAUAAAGCUUGUGAGCCCUCUGCUGGCCACAGUGAGGAAAGUAGCACAAAUAGGAUACAGUUGUUAAGUAGUCACUGGCAACAAUUGCAUACAAUUUUACCACCAAGAGAAGGUAUGGUAUGGAAAGUCCAAAUGACUUCCUUGAUUGGAUGUUAACAGCUGACUUGUGUGAGACUUGAGGUUUCAUCUGGUCCUUCCAAACUAUAUGGUUGCCUAGAUUCUCUCUGGAAACUGACUUUGUCAAAUAAAUAGCAGAUUGUAGUGUCUGGUUUGGUUUGGACAGUAGUGCUUUCUAUCAUGUUGUUGUGUGCAAUGGUAAUUUGUUCUACUGGCCAAAGCCUCUUUCAGCAGUGCCUUGCCAUCAUGCUUAAAAGUUUGGCUAGUAUAUCUUGCUGGAUGGAGCCUUGAACUCUGGCAAGGAUUGAACCAUCUGACUUCCAAAUUUGCCUUCCCCUCUGGACCUCACUAUUAACAAGCAAACCUUUCAGGGCCCUCUUAGCUCUCAGAAGCUAUGUAUGGGCUUUCCCAGAUUUUAAAGCUGCUGCCUCGAGAACUACUCAUUUCUCUCCUGGUCAGCAGGCAGAAACAGCCAUACUAAUCUCAUAGGGCUCAAAUGCAUCUUCAGGCAGCAGGGAACCAAGCAGCGUGGCACAGGCCUUCUUGACUGGAGGAAGAGCUUGCUGGCGUGGUGGGCAGUGUUCCAGGAGAGGCCGUGUCCGUGUUCACUUCUUGGCACAUUUCAGUUCCGUUUUCCUCUUGUUUAAAACUGCCUCUUUAGAUGUGGAUGCCUUAAUGCUGUAACACGUUUGAAAACAUUGGCAAUACUUAAGUUGCUGCCAUGAUUACAGAUGGAAUUAUUGGCUACCAAAGAGAUGCAAUUGAUGAUGAAAAGCAUGAUUCUUCCUUCCAUAUAACCAAAGUUAAUCUUAAUUGCAAUUUGACUCUGUUUCCUUGGUAGGGAUAGACUUUCUUCAGAUUCCAAGUGCUCUCUUAAAUGGCAAAUUAAGUUAAAGAAUACUACUGCUCCAUUCCCCUCACUUACUCUCCAGCUAAUUGCUUGUGAGUUCUCAUUUCAUGAAAGCAGUGAUGUUCCAGGUUUGAUUCCGUUUUCCUGUGCACACUGUUGCCAAAUUUUUUUUUUUUAGCAAAGAUUCUGCACUGGAACGUAGAUAGUUGGAAACAGUACUACCUACCUAGAGGUUAUGUGUUUUCUCUUUCUCCCCCCUUUCACCUCUUUCUUUCCCAAUUCAAAACAGCCAAGUGAGCCCUGUUCUGGUAUUUUGAAUCAUUAGAGAAAAGAAAGGGAGUGGCUGUUUUGAGUUGUCCUUUCUUUGCAGAAAGGAGAAAAUGUGAUUUUUUUUUUUACCAGCCUACUUCUAAGUGUCACUGCCUGGUUUUUCUCUUUUUCAAGGAUUAGAACUAAGAGGACACACCAGCAUCGGAGUGUAUUAAGCCCCUGAAAUACAUGGUAGCUAGGGACUGAACACAGGAACUGUAUGACAGCAGCACAAACCCCCAAAGGACGUUCCUGCCUUGUGGGCCCCUGAGCCCCUUGGGAGACUGAGAAUCAUGACCAGAUUCAUCCAGAACUGCUGCAGUGUUAAGUGAAAAUCCUCUGUAGUUGUUCUGCAGAGGAACCUUCCUUCCAUUAGAAAAUUUCUGCUCAAUACAGAAUGGUCCACAUCACCCAAAGCGCGCUGUUGGAGAUGCUGUGAAAUUAAAACCUCUUUGUACCUGAGACAUCUAGAUUCACCUCAGGAGACCUGAAGGAGAUGUGUAACUUGUGGGAAAGAACUAGACAACCAUUUAGGAAUUCUCUAGAUGUACUCAGCCUAACCCAGUGGCUUAACACAAGGAGACUGGCUUUGAUCUUUUUUUCUUGUGGCAUCUUCCAGCAAGUUAGAAGUCUCAUGGGAUAAGACUGCAGUUCCCCUGGUUCAGUAGCUGGAACAGUGAUUUUAAAUGUCCCUUUUUCUGGAUCCCUUGUAAACAUGAAAUCAUUCCAUGGAUGGCUGCCUUAUAAUUUUGUCUCUUUCCACUUUAAUUGUGAAUGGUUAAAAAAAUGCUGUUUUCUGAUAUUAAAUUUUUAUUAGUGCAUAACUUAA